UACGUCGAGGCGCGCGGGAGGUGAUCAAAGAGACGCGAGCCGAGGACAGGACUCGAGAAACGCUGUUCAGGCUGCUGGCUGCAUGAGGCGUACAAUCUCGUCAACCCCCCGGUUCGCUUUCCAAGCCUGGCUGUUCUCCUCCAGCGUGCCAGUAGCAACUGGGAGCAGAGUUCCUGCAAAGGUUAAGUGGACGGGGACUUUGGAGCUGUCGCGCCGAAAGAAAGCGGAGAGCGGCAGCGCCUUCGCGAGGCGCAGGCGGAUUUGCUCGUAGCCCGGAUCGGUCGCGGCGGCGAAAAAGAGCGAGGCUGUUUCGGCGGCUAUCUUGCAUAAUGGUGACGCUUAGCCCCUUCGGUUUGGUGCACCCCACGCUGAGCGCCAAUAGCAGUAACAGGCAGAGCCCAGGCGACUCCACCGCGUCCGAGGAAGGCUGGGUGGUGGGCAUGUCCAUUCUCAUGUCGUUGAUCGUGCUGGCCAUCGUCUUUGGCAACGUGUUGGUGAUCACGGCCAUCGCCAAGUUCCAGCGGCUGCAGACGGUCACUAAUUAUUUCAUCACUUCUUUGGCAUGUGCGGAUCUCCUGAUGGGCCUCGGGGUGGUCCCCUUCGGAGCCAGCCACAUCAUUCAGCGUACCUGGAAGUUUGGGAGUUUCUGGUGCGAGUUUUGGACCUCAAUUGACAUCCUCUGUGUGACAGCCAGCAUUGAGACGCUGUGUGUCAUUGCUGUGGACAGGUACUUUGCCAUCACUUCUCCUUUCAAGUAUCAAAGCCUCUUGACCAAAAAUAAAGCCAGGAUAGUCAUCCUCUUGGUUUGGGUCAUUUCAAUCCUGACUUCCUUCUUACCCAUCCAGAUGAAGUGGUACAGAGCCAAAGGGCUAGAAGCCCAGACUUGCUACUUGAAUAAGACCUGCUGCGACUUCUUCGUCAACCAGGAGUAUGCCAUUACUUCCUCUGUCAUCUCCUUCUAUUUGCCUUUGGUGGUCAUGGUUUUUGUCUAUGCCAGAGUUUUCCAGGUUGCUCAGAAGCAGCUAAAAAAAAUAGACAAAUGUGAAGGGAGAUUCCAUCAGAAUUCCAAUCAGGAGCGAAGUGGUGGAAAGGGAGGUCACAGGAAAGCAUCCAAGUUUUGCUUGAAAGAGCACAAAGCUCUCAAAACACUGGGCAUUAUCAUGGGUACUUUCACUCUGUGUUGGCUCCCGUUUUUCAUUGUCCAUAUUGUGCGUGUUAUUGAAGAGGCCUUGAUUUCCAAAGAUGUGUACACCUUUUUGAACUGGGUGGGAUAUGUGAAUUCUGCCUUCAACCCCUUAAUUUACUGUCGAAGCCCAGACUUCAGGUAUGCUUUCCAGGAGAUCCUCUGCCUCCGGAGGUCUGCCCUGAAAAUGUAUGUCAACGGACAUUCCAAUAGCAAUGGGAAAAGUGACUGCAAUGGGGAUCACAAUGGCUAUCAUGCAGGCGAACCCAAGGCUAGCCAAUGGCUGUGUGAAGAAGGAUGUACUGGGGAAGAGUUUUUGCAUUGUAAAGGUACUGUGUUGCAUGGUAGCAUUAAGUCCCACCAGACUGAGCAUAGCAGAUAUGACUACCUGUUGUCAUGAUUGUUGUGGUUGCCAUAGGGCCUGAGCAGGGACUAGAAUGUAGUGACCAUACCAACGGCUCUUGGUGAGCAAACUUUCACCCCAAGUAUGGGAAGAGCCUUGUGCUAUUUUAUUAAUGGGCUACAAAAAAUAUUUAAGGAAGGCCAUAUUGGAUUUGAAUAUACUCUAUGAGAACCACCGAAGCUUUAAACACUAUAGGAACUAACCCCAAAGGAAUUUUUUUUUACUUUUAUUAUGUAGUACAAUAAUCAUCUACCUCAUAGCAUAGCCAUAAUAUCGAACUGAUCAGCUGCUCUUUAAAGGGAAAUCCCUGCAGUCAAGCAGGAAUGUGGUGCUACAGACAGUUUACUCUUUCUCAUCUGCAGGUGAGGCAAGAAGUUGGAUGGGAUAUACAGUUUUUAGGAAUCAUACAAAGUCAAAUGUUUACUUUUUCAUAUUGUCCAUAUUAGUAAUUGGGUUGUGCUUUGCUGCAGUUGACUAUUCCAAGUUCUUUAUGCAGUACAUAGAAAGUCUACUCUUUAAGACUAGUUCCAGUAUC